AUGUUUGGACAGCGUUCUCUAUAAUCCAGCCCUAAAUAUCGUAAUUACCAGACUAAAUAUGAAUUAAAUGGGAUACUUUUCGCGGAACUGUUUUAUGACGGUCAUAACGCAUAUGUCUCUUCGAAAUUUGAUCGCUUGGAAACCCUGGAUUAGUCGAAACAGCUGUAAACGAACUUCAGGUUUUUCAGCCCUUUCCGCUGGCCGCUUCUUCUGUGGAUGUGGACCCGGCUGAUAGCGAUAGCAAUAGCUAGCUCUCCGCUGUUCUCGCCGCCUCUCGCUCGUUCUCUGGCACGCCAAGUGGAAAAAUGGGAAACAAAAUUAUAAAUAUGCCAGCAGCGCGGAUCGGAACGCAAUGGUUAGUCAUUCUGUGUGUAGCGAUGGCAGCGAGCGGUACUAACUUGGACAGUGGAAUAUGCCCGGUGGCUGGGGACUCCGGCUGCCGCGGAAAUCCUCCAGACCAGGCGCGCUACGACAACUACCGCAUUUACAACGUGGAGUUCGAGAACCAAGAGCAGAUAGAACUUUUCCAGAAGCUGGAGGAGCAGAGCGACAGCCUCACAUUCAUCGGCCAUGCUCGCGAGGUUGGCCAGAAGUUAUCCAUUCUGGUAGCGGCGCAUCGCGUGGCAGAUAUCGCUGAUCUGCUGAAGACCUACAAGGUCAAGCAUAGAGUGUUGACCUACAACUUUCAGGAGAAGAUCGACCGCAAUCUGGCCGAAGUUCAACCGGAAAGCAUUGAUGCCUCUCAGCUCGACUGGCAGCACUUCUUCCACCUGAAGACCAUCUACGAGUGGCUGGACAAAAUGGUCGAGAAGUACCCAAAUCGAGUGACCGUACUGGAUAUGGGCAGCAGCACCCAGGGCAACGCAAUUAAGGGCGUUAAGCUGACCAGCAAUGCUAAUAACAAGGCCAUCUUCAUUGAGAGUGGAAUUCAUGCGAGGGAGUGGAUUUCCCCAGCCGCGGCCACUUAUAUCAUCAACCAGCUUCUAACCUCCCAGGAUCCUAAGGUGCAACAACUGGCCCAGGACUACAACUGGAUUAUCUUCCCUUGUGUGAAUCCCGAUGGCUAUAAGUACACAUUCGAGCACGACCGAAUGUGGCGCAAGAACCGUCAGCUGUUUGGCACCUGCCGCGGCGUGGAUCUGAACAGGAACUACCCCGACCACUGGAACUCAACGGGAUCCAGCAGCGAUCCCACCCGCUACGAUUUUGCAGGACCCUCCGCUGGAAGCGAACUGGAGACCAAGCGCUUGAUAGAUUUCAUUCGCGCAAAUGCGGGCAAAGAGCAAAUAAAGACAUACAUUGCUCUUCACUCCUACUCUCAAAUGCUAAUGUUCCCAUAUGGUUACACCAAGGAGCGGGUGUCCAACUACGAUGACCUGCAGGAGUUCGGCAAGAAGGCAUCGGCAGCAAUCAAAGCGGAGAACGGUAGGGAUUACGUGAGUGGUAGUCUGUUUGAGACCAUCUAUCCGUCGAGCGGCGGCAGCAUGGAUUGGGCGCAUUCAGAGGCGGGUAUUCCGAUUGCCUACACCUUCGAGCUGCGUGGUCCGCCAGACAGCCAGGACUUGUUCAUUCUGCCCGCCGUGGAGAUCCAGCCCACGGCCAGCGAAGCCUUCACUGCCAUUCGUGCCAUCGUAGAGGCGGCGGCCGAGAAGGGCUACUACAAGUAAGCACAAUGAUAUUAUGAGCAAGCAUUUUGUACGUUCAACGAUAUAUUACUUUAUCUUUUUAAAAAUAAACACACGUAAACGCG